CCCGGACGGUCGGGACAAGGGGUGGGACUGGCGUGCCACUUAUCUUUGUGCGCUUACUGACAAAAUCUUGGUAUUUUAGGUUCCAGAGCCCCGCACAUAUUAAAAGCCCAGCUGCAGUCGGCAUAUUGCAUCGUUGAUCCCUUUCCUGCCCGUGCAACACGAUGUCUGAACAAUCAGGAAGCAAAGAGACUCGCCAGAGAACUGCCCUCGAGGAGUAUGAGCAAUCUGGCGAGGACAGGCCCCCUUUCAUUCUGACAUAUACUGAAGUCAAACUACUGGGUAUCACUGGGGUUGGCUUUUUCUUGGAUGCUUAUGACUUGUUCAUCAUCAAUCCCGUAUCUACCAUGUUGCAGUACAGGCUUUACGGAAGCGGAACCAUGCCCGCCAACCUACAAGGUUUGUUGAAAGCGGCUGCCAAUAUCGGAAGUGUGAUCGGCCAAUUUCUGUUCGGAUACUGUGCUGAUGCUUUCGGGCGAAAGGCAGUCUACGGAAAAGAGCUUAUGCUCAUUAUCGUUGCGACUAUACUCUGCAUUUCUACACCUACAGGCACGCUCUCCCCAAACGGAUGCCUGAUCUACUUGACCAUAUUUCGUAUCCUACUUGGUGUGGGUGUCGGUGGCGACUACCCCAUGUCGGCCUCUGUGACGAGUGAUCGUGCCACGAUCCGUAAGCGUGGAACUAUGCUCGCAUACAUCUUCGCGAACCAGGGAUGGGGCAGCUUCGUGGGAGCGCUGAUGACUAUUAUCGUUCUGGCAUGCUACAAGCACGUCAUGAACGAUGAACUUGAGACAUCCAAGGUCGACGGAGUGUGGAGGAUCGUCGUUGGGUUAUCGCUCAUUCCAGCUUUCGGGACGCUUUACCAGCGCCUGACCCUCCCGGAGUCCACGCGUUUCAAGAAGUCGCAGGAGACAGAGCUGAUUGAACAGGAUGGUUUGGAUAAGGAGAAGAUGGCGGUUGAAGCUGGUGUUCAUUCCGAAUCUAAAUCAAGUGUCGACGAAAACCCUUCUGAGCCUGCACCUAAGAAGGCUCACUUCCUAGAGGUCAUCAAGUACUUCUCCGAAUGGAGACAUCUGAAGAUACUGAUCGGAACUUGUUCAUGCUGGUUUCUACUAGACGUUGCCUUCUAUGGGAUUAACUUGAACACAAAUGUGGUGCUCACUGAGAUAGGUUACGCCGGCAAAUCGGGAACGGCCUGGGAGAAGCUCUUCAAGGUCGCCACGGGAAAUAUCAUCAUCACCGCACUAGGAUUCGUGCCAGGCUACUACGUGACUGUGCUCACUAUCGAGAAGCUCGGCCGCAAAAAGAUUCAGGUCAUGGGAUUCCUGAUGGAAGCUCUGUUUUUGGCCAUUUUGGCUGCGAAGUUCAGUACUUUGAGCACUGCGGCAUUCAUAGUCAAUUUCACGCUGCUCCAGUUCUUUUUCAAUUUCGGAGCUAAUGCCACCACCUACUGUUAUCCUGCCGAGGUAUUCCCCACUCGAUACCGAGCGUUCGCGCACGGCAUGUCCGCAGCAUGCGGGAAAUCAGGAGCAAUCAUAUCCGCUCUCGUGUUUAACUCCCUCACCAACUCGAUUGGGACACCUAAUGUGCUUUGGAUUUUCUUCGGCUGUUCAAUUCUCGGUGCCGCUUGCACAUUCCUUUUGCCCGAGGUCGCUGGUCGUGACCCGGAUGCGAUCCUUGCACAGGAACAGAUGGAGCAGCAGUAAUCUCUGGUACUGCACACCAAGUAGCAAUCAUUUUCCUGUCGAGGCUUUGUCUCUCCCUCAUCUAUGUAGAAAGUUGACAAGCGUCAGCCGCACUUUCCUGUCUGGUAGUAGAAGAAAUGAUCUGCGUAAAAGUUACUCGAGCUGGUAUCGACAGUUCUAUAGGACAACUGUACUGCCAGUGCUCUAUG